AUGAUUCCACGGAAUAUGCGCAACCUUUCUUCCAGCUUGCUGCGGAUAUUCAAACGGCGCGGUCACUCCUACUGUGUUGACCCUGCGGUCGGACUCGAUGCUGACUUGGUGGAGGUGCAGAAGGUGGCACGAGAUUUCGCCCAACGAGAAAUGUAUCCUCACAUGGCCAAAUGGGACAAAGAGGAACACUUCCCAGUGGAAAUGAUGCGACAUGCCGGGGAGCUAGGCUUCGGUGCUAUCUAUUGUUCGGAUGAAUUCGGAGGUUCUGGAAUGAGUCGCCUGCAUGCAUCUGUAAUUUAUGAGCAACUCGCGGCCGGUUGUGUUUCCACCGCGGCUUAUAUGAGUAUUCACAAUAUGUGCGCAUGGAUGAUUGACACUUAUGGAUCUAAAGAGUUACGGGAAAAGCAUAUCCCCAGCAUGGCGACGUUUGAGAAUUUGUCGUCAUAUUGCUUGACGGAACCGGACUCG